AGCGAAGAGCGGCGGAUCCGAGGCGGCUCUCAAGGAGGGUGGAAGCGCCGCCGCGCCGUGCUCGUCCUCCUCCGCGGCGUCCUCUUCCUCCUCGUCGGGCCCGGGCUCGGCCAUGGAGACGGGGCUGCUCCCCAACCACAAACUGAAAACCGUUGGCGAAGCCCCCUCCGCGCCGCCCCACCACCACCGCCAUGCCCACCACCACCACCACCAUGCCCACCACCUCCAGCACCACCACGCACUCCAGCAGCAGCUAAACCAGUUCCAGCAGCAGCAGCAGCAGCAACAUCCCAUUUCCAACAGCAGCAGCCUCGGCGGCGGCGCGGCUCAGCCGGGUCCCGACAUGGAGCAGCCGCAACAUGGAGGCGCCAAGGACAGUGCCGCGGGCGGCCAGGAAACUUGA